GCUCCGCCGAGCGCGCGAACGUUAGACGCGGUGGCAACGCGCCUCAACAAGUGGCUCGAUAUUCCAACUUAUCCGUGUUGGAAUAAAAAAAAACAAAUAAAACCAAGUAGUGACUAUAUAGUUCGUGAAAAGAGUGAUAAUACAUUUUAAUACUGGUAAACAAAUAGUUAUUUCAAAACUAACGCCGGCUUAGUCACAACAAAUAUUAUGAGUUAUGAAUGUUUGACAUAAAUGGGUGUUAUAUUGUGCAAAACUAUUACGAACCGGAACUUAUUUGAAUACCCAUUAGGUAAACGAUAACUGAUUUUCAUCGAAGUUAAUUUAAAAAAUAUAAAAAUGUGUUAAGCAAACCCCUUCAACUUUAAAAACAGUACUCGGGGACUAGCAGUGGGAUAUGACAAUGUUCGAGUGACAUUGUUCAGUGAACUAGCGUGUGCAAGUGCAAUGGUCGCGGCUAGUUGAUAGUAAUCACGGCAUGAUGGCGGCGCGUGGCACGCGGCGAGUGCUCUCCAUUCUCUUCAGUACACUGCUGCUGGGUCGAGCUAUAGCUGUGCGCGGACACACAGAAGUGCGAGUGGAGUUGCAGAUGGAGCGAUGGGCGGCGCGAGGGGGUUCGGUGCGCCUGCGCUGCGUGCACGACGUUCCGCCGCACCUACUCGAUAAAGUCGUCUUCCUGCGACACGGCACUAAGAUCUUCCAGUACAUUAGGGAUCGGAAACCGCCUUAUAGAAACUUUACUACGCCUGGAGCUGUAUUAAACAUCGCGUUAGCUACAGAGAACUCCAUAAUCUUGCAAAACCUGGACUUCGCUGCCAGCGGUACUUAUUCUUGCGAGGUAUCGCUAGACACACCCAUCUUCACUAAGGCAUCUAGCGAGAAACAACUAACUGUUUUUCAUCCCCAGAAGCAUAAUCCCCGCAUCGAUUUCCCGAUGCGAUACCUGAGCUCAGGCGAGACGCUGCGAGCCAAUUGCACCACUGCGCCCGCUCUACCUGCACCGCACAUCACUUGGUUCAUAAAUGGGAGCAAGGUGGACGAAAUCGUAGCAUACUCGCACAAAUACAGAGUGCCCGUAAAUGAGCGAAGUGGUAGACGAGGUCUCCAAAGGCCCUUCGAACACGACGAACAUCAUAGCACGCCACCUCCUCUCCUCACUCUUACCCACGCCUCACAUGUCGCCACACGACCUCCAGGAUGCAACCUUAAGGAACACCACCAGAUGACGGAAAUAAAAGACCUUGAAGAACCAAAUGUGAUCCACGCUACCAGCAGACACAGAAGCCGCAAAACUGGACGUGGUCGAGACUUGUACGUUACUGUGUCGGAGCUCCAAUUAGUUGCAACUGGCAGGCUGGAGAUUAAGUGCGUCAGUACCAUUCCAGAAUUUAGAAGCAUAGAGGACAAAUUUGCGGAUAUGAGGAACGAUACAGUCAUAGUGGAUGUGAUCAGACCGUCGACGCUCUCUCAACCGUCUGCCAACCUCACCCUACUGGAACCCAGUGCCUCAGCCGCUGCCCAUCCUCUAAUCUCAUCUAUCUUUUUUUCUUCACUUCUUCUCAGUGUACCAAUUAUCGCUUCAUAGGACUUUUAAACAUUAAUUUUAAUUAAACGAGCUGUGAUAAUAAAAUCUUAUAUGUUCACUUAAUAUUGUUCGCAUGAAUCGUGUAUUUGAUUGGUUGUUGGAUUGAUGACUCAGUGCGCUAGACUAGGUAAUAAACAUAGGCUAACGUCUACCAGACGUACUAUACUCUGCCUAAUCUUUUAGGUAGGUACAUAGUUGCAACGUGUUCACUUUUAUCUGUAAAGUAUAAAUAAUAUGUCUUAUUAUAGUUUUCUCUCCAUCGUAGAUACGUACCGGCCUAUCUCAAAAAAUAC